AUGCACAUCGAUGCAACUCAAAAAAGGUAUAGCAAGGUCUACAACUCUCCCAGAGAGUAUGAAAUUGCCAAGAGGGCUUUCGAGCAGAAUAAGAAAAAGAUUGAACAAUUGAGGAAGAGCAGUGAGAUAAAACAUGAGGUCGGUAUUAAUGAAUUCUCUGACAUGCCGGAAGAGCUAUUUGCUGAAAUGAUGACGUAUGAUAUGAGCUCACCUUUUGAUGUAAAUGCCACAGUCAGCGAGGGUAUCGAGACGGUGGGUGAUCUACCAGCUUCUAUCGACUGGGCUGCCGCUGGUGCACUUGGCCCAGUUCGAGAACAAAAAAAGUCAUGUGACAGCUGCUAUGCCGUAGCAGCCUGCG